AUGGCGAUCCUCCACACAAAUUUAUUGAAGUUGCUAUGCACACUAACACUAAGGCUAGUAACCAUUCUCUUGUUGCUCGUCGUCGUCGUGCACGCGGGCGGCACCGCGGAGCAUCACGGCGGUCAGCUGUCGUCGUCGUCUCUAAGGUCCCAGAAAGAAGCCCUCCUCCGGUGGAAGUCGACCCUGCAGCAAAGCAGCAGCAGGGCGCACGCACUGGACUCAUGGCAGCCAGGUUCUAGCCCGUGCAACGGCAACUGGACGGGCAUCGCCUGCAGCGUCGUCCACGUCCACGGUGGCCACCGCUGGCGCCGCGCACCCCUGGCGGCGGUCACCAGCAUGUCGCUGCCAGAGGCCGGCAUCAGUGGAAGCCUCGGUGAGCUCAACUUCUCCGCCCUCCCGUUCCUCCGGUUCAUCAACCUCAGCUACAACAGCCUUGCCGGAGGAAUCCCCCCAGCCAUCACGUCGCUAACCACACUUUCCUACCUCGACCUCACUAGCAACUCGCUCCACGGACAGAUACCACCGGAGAUCGGUCGCAUGGAACGCCUCCGGCUGCUGUGGCUCGCCCUCAACAACCUCACAGGCUACAUCCCCGCGUCCCUCGGGAACCUGACCAUGCUGACUGACCUCAGCGUCCUCCAAAACAUGCUGGUCGGGACCAUCCCGGACGAGCUCGGGAAGCUCACGCACCUAGAGGCCAUGGAGCUCAGCGGCACCUUGUUGAGCGGCGCAAUACCAGAUAGCAUAGGCAACCUGACCAGACUACGCCUCCUGCACCUCUACGAAAACCAGCUGUCAGGGCCCAUUCCAUCCUCUCUAGGCAACCUCCUCAACCUUGUUGAUCUUGAGCUCACCGGGAAUCGCUUGAGCGGCGGAAUGCCAGUCUCGCUGGCAAAUCUCACCCAGCUCCAGUUGCUUUACCUCUCCGUCAAUCAGCUCACAGGUCCAAUCCCCCAGCAGGUAGGGUUGAUGGAAAACCUAAGCCAGCUAUCUCUAUAUACAAACCGGCUAGGAGGCCCGAUUCCGCCUAGCUUGGGGAACGCAACCUGGCUAAACUACAUUAACCUCUGCGAUAACAAGUUUGUGGGGCCCAUCCCUAGUGAGAUUGGCUAUUUGACGGGUCUCACUGACUUGUAUCUAUGCCAAAACCUCAUUUCAGGCUCAAUUCCUGCUAGCCUUGCCAACAUCACGGGCAUGAGAGAGCUACUUCUCUUCUACAACAAGCUGUCAGGUCCGCUGCCUCGAGAAUUUUAUCCUAUCCUCACCCAGUUGGAUGUGAUCAAUCUGAGCAACAACUCCCUCUCGGGCGAAUUGCCAUCUGAUGUGUGCAAAGGGGGGAAUAAUCUUUGGGAGUUCAUCGUCGCCUCUAACAUGUUCACUGGCCCUAUCCCGAGAGGCCUGCAAAAUUGCAGGACCCUACAGAGACUUGACCUAUCUUCUAACAAGCUUAUAGGGGACAUAUCAGAUUUUGGGCCGUAUCCACACCUCACUCAAGUAAGCUUCUGGGGAAACAAUCUUCACGGGCAUUUGUCAAAAUCCUGGGGUUCAAGCACUAAUUUGACCACGUUGGUUAUGGCAAAAAACAUGUUAACGGGAAGCUUGCCACCUGAAAUAUCAAACCUAGUGAAGCUAGAGGUACUUAUGCUCUACGGCAACAAACUAACAGGCAAGAUACCACCAGAACUAGGCAACCUAGCCAACCUGUACAUGCUCAGCUUAUCGGGAAACGAAUUUUCAGGUGAUAUACCACCUGAAUUUGGCCAGAUGAGUAAUCUGCAGUUUCUCGAUAUAUCUAUGAAUAAGUUAAAUGGGUCAGUACCGCAGGAGCUUGGGAGUUGCACUGAGCUGCUAUCAUUGCUUAUGAAUCACAACAGCUUGAGCGGAGAAUUGCCGGUGUCCUUGGGUAAUCUUGGGAACCUGCAGCUUGUGCUGGAUUUGAGCAAUAACAAUUUCACAGGCGCACUUCCUGUGCAGCUCGGGAGCUUAGUUAAGCUGGAGGUACUAAACCUCUCCCACAACCAAUUCGAUGGAACCAUUCCACCCUCCUUCGCUGACAUGGCUAGUUUGUCGGCACUUGACGUGUCAUACAACAACUUGGAAGGGCCUCUUCCAAUAGGGCGACUAUUUCAUAAUGCCUCCAUAGGAUGGAGUUGUUAUGAUUAUUCACAAGAGAAAAGACCGCACGACAACACGACCACUGUAGAUACAAGAGAUGUGCUUUCAGUGUGGAAUUUCGAUGGGAAACUAGCAUUUGAGGAUAUCAUUAGGGCAACAGAAAAUUUCAGUGAGAGUUACAUCAUUGGAUCAGGUGGGUAUGGCACCGUCUAUAAAGCUCAGCUUCAAGGGGGGAGACUGGUUGCAGUAAAAAGGCUUCAUAAAACUGAAGAAGACAAUAUGAAUGAUGAAAAGAGAUUCAUAAGCGAAAUCGAGGUGUUGACAAAGAUACGGCACCGAAGCAUCGUUAAGCUAUAUGGGUAUUGCUCCCAUCAGUUGUACAGAUUUCUAGUUUAUGAUUACAUUGAUAGAGGAAGUCUUCAUGCAACCUUGGAGAACGAGGAGCUAGCAAAGGAAUUGAACUGGCAGAGGCGAGUUGCCAUUGCUAGAGACGUGGCUCAAGCUAUGUACUAUUUGCACCAUGAAUGCAACCCGCCAAUAAUCCACCGUGACAUUACAAGUAGCAACAUAUUGAUCGAUGCACAUUUCAAAGCUUGUGUUUCAGAUUUUGGCACAGCAAGGAUUAUAAAACCUGAUUCAUCGAAUUGGAGUGAAUUAGCAGGGACAUAUGGUUAUAUAGCCCCAGAGCUUUCAUACACAUCAGUGGUGACAACAAAGUGCGAUGUCUACAGCUUUGGUGUAGUUGUGCUUGAGAUUGUGAUGGGAAGAUACCCUAGGGAACUUCAGACCCUUCCUUCCAUUGAGAUUGCAAUGGAAAUGUUGGACCAGCGAACACCAUUGCCAACAAUGGAGGAGGUAGAAGAAAUCGCUUUGCUUGUCCAAUUGGCAUUUGCUUGCAUGCAAACUUCUCCUCGCUCAAGACCAGAAAUGCAGGAUGUCUAUCAGAAACUGACUCGCCACCCCUUCUCAUGA